AUGUCUAUGAUCGAUGCUCUUACUCAUAUUCAAGAAUAUUUUACUGUUGGAUUGGGUGUGCUUCUUGUUGUCGGUGUUAUUGGUAAUAUUCUAAAUUGUGUCGUAUUUCUUCGAAAACGAUUACGCUAUAAUUCAUGUUCAAUUUUCUUUGCUACUGCUUCAGUUGCUAAUGGAGCAGUUAUGACUUAUUAUACUAUUCCAAGAAUUCAUUCCGUUUACAAUUCACCACCAGAAAAUGGAAAUCUUGUCUAUUGUAAACUUCAUUUAUAUAUUCGAAAUUAUAUAUUAUUUAUAUCAAGAGGGUGUGGGUGUGAACGUGCUUUGUCUUUCUGUAAACAACAUCCACACCCACACCUCUUACUCGCCUAAAUGCGCAAUUAAUUUCCUGCGGAAUGUGAAAAACUGACAGACAACAGCAAAUAAUGCAUUAAUCAUCGACUACUACCAUGGUGCAAUAACACAUAUCUUUCCUCUCGCUUUCUUUUCUCUUUUUCUCUUUGUUAACUUUAAACGCACGUAACACUUUCAUCCGAAGAAUGGCUAUGCAAGCAUCGAGCAGCAGCAGCAAAGCAACCGACGACUGUUCCAUUUGCCUCGCCUCGAUGCAUGGGAGCUCUGCAGUGCUUACCACUGCAUGCAAUCAUCGAUUUCACUUUAGUUGUCUGCAUAAAAAGCUACAAGCAUCGUUGAGCAAAGAGUGUCCGGUAUGUCGCGCGGCACUUGACUCGCUCAUGAAUGUACUGCAAUGUAGCGCUGAACAACAGCAAUCACAACAGCAGCGACCAACAUACGUGUCUAAAAUUCGACCGAGACCCUCAUACCAACCAAUACAAUCAGAGCAAUACUCUCAGUUCGAGCAGCAUCGAAGCGUGAGUUGCAUAACUAUAAUGUGACUAGAGCAGCCUGAAAUACAAAUGACUACGAGUAUAGGAGAUAUAGGUGAACCUGCCGAGCAUACGAUCAUUGAAGCUAUGCUUUUUAUGUCAACCAGAAUUAGAUCAUUCAGAGAUCUUUAGCAUUUAAAAAUUUGAAGAAAAACGACUAACUCACUAUAGCGUGUAUAAUCGGAUUGUUUAGAUUUUUAUUUGCUAAACAAAACUUUAAUCCAUAAAACCUAAUUAUACUCUGGAUUUCAUUUCAAAAUAAUCUGAUUAUGAUCCAACAUUUUUCAGGGCAAAGUUGAAAGUGCUUUUGAAUUUAUUAUUCAAAACAUAUUGCUAAAUUAUUAUUUUCAUAAUGGGAGACCGAUAUAAAAAAAAUUUAGUGAAUAGUAGAAACUAUCAACGUGCUCGAAUGAGAGCAGUCUUAACAGGAAGAAAAAAGUUAAGCGUUUCCUAAAUGAUUGCCUGUUUUUUACUAGCAGUGAAAAAAGUCAUUCUGUUUCAUUGUUCAAAAACGGUGUUCUUUUAUGUUGUAUGAACUGGGAUCGAGUGAAUUCUUUCCUAGAAAAUAAUUGAAGAGUGCGUGCUGCCAAUUGCAAUAUGAAAGAAACGUGCUCUUGCUAUUAAGACAUAAACUCAUGUUCCAUUUUUUUCACGGAAGACAAUUUAACUAUUUUCUGCUCGAUAUUGUAAUUGCCCAUGAAAAAAAACGCCUUCGUAGCACGUUUUUAGCAUGCUUCGUAUAAAUUAUCAUAAGAAGAAAAUAAAUUAAGCGUUGACGAUAUAGUUUUGAAUACAUUCUUAGAUUUAAAUCAAUAAAAUUUAUGUUUUAAAAAAUCAUAAUAGGAUCAUUGGGUAAUAAAUUUAAUAUGUCUUCAAAUUAAAUUAUUUUUAUUUUUCACGAUAAGAAGGGGUUUACAGUAUAAUGAUGUUAAAUAGAUGAAAUAACUUGUUACAAUAGCACGCUUAUCAACUAUAAAAACUAUUAUAGUCUUGAUUUAUUUAAUUAUGUUGAGUUUUUAUAAAAUAAAUUAUUUUAACGUCUAUUAAAGUAUUCUUUAAAAUUAUAGCAGUCGGAGUUUGUGAGUUUCACAUUUUAGCCCCUUUAGGGAUCGUAUUGACAAAUUUUUUUAUUCAACGACGCAUUUUAUCCGUUCUUUUUUUAUCCUUUUCUUCUAUGGGUGACUCUAGCACGUAUGUCUGAUAUCUGACACCGUAAGACAUUUUUUAACAGGAGUUUUUGAUCAUUCUUUCAGAUUGAUUUUCAAUCUGUACGUAUCCCACUUUGGAAUUUGCUGAGUGAAUGCGAAAAUCAAACAAAUCGGAGAUCAUCGAAUGAGUAGCCUUCAUGUAGUUUGGUGGCUGCAUUGUGGAAUGACUCAUUUUCUAUUCAGAGUAGAUGUGCGAGAUUUUCCCCUGUUCACUAUCGUACGACUUGUCUAUAUAGUUGUUGUUAUGUUCAUGUGCAAUGGAUGUCACUGGGCAUUCUGCUCUGUCCCUCAUGUCAUUUUCCGGGUAAAUUAGAGAGGAUGCCCAAUUUCUUUUUUUAUGGGAUUGAACAAAUACUUCAACUAAAUGUUGCUUUAUUAAUAGGAAUCUUGCUUCAACGAAGACCUUGUUGACGAGACAGCUGUUCAAGCUCUCUCAGCUCGCGUUACCGCUGCUCGUAAAGCCGCUUUGAAUGACACCCAGCGCACACUCAUUACUGCCACUACGACACUUGAAUUCGGCGGUGUACCCUCUGACCAAGAGUCUAAUAUCUACGGUUUGGUGACACUCAAUGCUCCAUCACUUACUACCAUUACUGGAAACAAUGAGCAACAGCUAAUGCGUGUGCCUAUCGAUCUUGUAUGUGUUGUUGACCAAAGUGGUUCGAUGGCAGGCGAGAAAAUAGAAUUGCUGAAGCAGACACUUGCCUAUAUCAUUGAUCAAUUAACACCUUUAGAUCGAAUGGCUGUUGUUUCAUUUGACGAUCAAGCAUUUGAUAGGUCACAUGGACUUAAGCUGAUGACUCGAGAAAAGUAAGCUUUUUUCUUCUACCUUGACUAAAAGUUUUGAAAACAAAGUUAUACCAGUACUAGGCUUUUGAAAACAAAUUUUGUAUUUUAGUCGCAACAAAAAAGUCUGGCAAUGAAGGGCAACAUGCUUACAUUUUUAUGCGAUUUUCUACACACAUGUCAAAGUUUUGAUUAGUUUGUCAGAUUUAAUUGUUUCAUUUGAAGUGGAAAAAAUCGAGUUAUGAGCAUUGAAAAACUCUUAAGACCGAAAUAAAAAAGUUCACAAUAACUUGUCCUCUUUUUCCUUCAAGUUAGAGAGCGGCGACUGCACAAAAACCGUUCUGUACAGAAAAUAAAUACUGUGUACAGGAUUUUAGCGAAGCCAAUGUUGUAUUGACCUCGAACGAGACGAUCUGUGUAUAUUUGUAUCUAGGCAGAAAAUACUCAAGAGAACCAUUAACGACGAACUCAAUGAUGCGGGUGGAACAUUUAUUGGAAGUGGCCUAGCGAUGGGAAUUAAUUUAUUGACUAGUCGACGAUCACAGAAUCCUCUUGGAGCUAUACUUCUGCUUACCGAUGGCCAAGACAACAAUCCACAAGACUAUUCAAGUCUCAUGGCAACUCUGCCACAAGGCAUAUCGUGUCACACAUUUGGUUAUGGUCCUGAUCACACCGCAGCAUUACUGGUGCAGAUUGCCGAGCAGGGCAAUGCUGGCACCUUCACCUACAUUGUGAGUCUUUUCACUUUUUAAAAAUAGGAAAACAUUUCUGCCGAGACAACAUAACGUUCUUCGGAGGAACAGUAUAUAUGAUUGUGCUUAAUACAUUAUCUCUAGGACGAGACUCACGCAAUCGGUCCAGCAUUUGCGACUGCACUUGCUGGGUUGUUUACGUGUGUGGCUCAGCAGAUACGUGUCAAAAUUGAAUUUCAAGAUGGCUACUCAGUUACUCAUGCUCAUUCAGCGUAUAAGUACGAACCCGCCCAGCUGCCGUCUCGUUCGAUCACAUUCAAACUUAACGAUCUCAAUGCUGACGAAAAGCGCAAUCUUGUUUUUCAAAUGCACGUAUCCAAAGUGAGGUUGACAAGGGAGAACAUCUUACCUAGCCCGCGAGAGACGAACUCAUCUCAAAGUGAAAGUGAACAACACGUGAUCGGUAUGAUAUAAAAUAUGUUCAAAGCCAUGUUUCGAAUAAUCUUCUUGAAAAAGAAUUGUGUUCAUGCGAAAUUUCAAGAAACAAUACUAUUCUUUUUCUCUUCUCUAGGGCAUGUAACGGUUCAGUACAUUGAUGCGAGCAAUGGUAGUUCCAUCAUAACAAACAAAGUACCGUUUCAUCUUGUUCGUCAAGCUCAAAUCGAUGCUGCGGUGU